AUCGAUCGUUUCAAGAAAGUUUUCUUCUGUGACGCAUUCUAUAAAUGAAACAAAGCAGUAAUGCCUGGUCACAAUGCUUGAUCUUCUUAUAGCAAGAGAAACGAAAGCCUGAUAACUCUAGUUUUAAGGAACUACCCAGGAUCUCACCGUGUUUAUAACACGAUAGAGACCGCAAAUCUAGUGAAAUAAGAUGAAUGGGUACAAAUUAAGAAUAAGAAAUGACCCAAUGUCGUGAAAGCAAACUCAGUUUCCCAAACACUAGUUGAAUAAUCAAAGGUUGAUCGCCUAGACAGGUCAGUUGUUUUUCAGAUGGCUGAGGAUUAUGAAAGCAUAUAUCCUAGGACACACUCUCAGCAUGACAGUGAGUCGACAAAAGACCUACCUGACCAGCAUUUCAACACUUACUAUAAAAUGGUAGGAAAUAUAAUCCCUAUAGAGAAUAAGGUGAAUGAAUAACUGAGUUUUAAUGUUCAAACGUAUACUUGGACGUUCGAGGUCAAUCCCAGAUCAAUCAGCAUGAGUUGUUGCAAACUUCCUAGUCUUCUAUAACGAUUGGCCUUGUUAUACAUCGAUGGUGAGUGAUAAAAAUUGAAGGCGAUGGUUUAGAGAUUCAAAAUGACCUAGAACUUGGCAGUUGAUAAUAAACGCUUCCAAGCGCAUUAAGAUGCAUAUCGGUCUCCAAGGUACACGAUGAAUAACAUUGAGCUAAUUGUUUUCUAAACACACAAUGAUCUCGGAGUCAUCGUCAGCAAAGACUCAAAACUCCUGCACAUGAGAAAGCCACCAAAAGUUUUAGAACCCUAUGGACAGCACGUAAAGUAUGUACCUAUGCCGGUGUGAAUUAUUUUCGACUUCGUAUGGAAUGUUCUAUCGCACAGAAUUAUAGCAUCGCACAAGAGUGCCUAGCCGGUGCUUAAAAGGAGACAGUAGGCUGCUUGAGAAGAUUCGACGAACCGCAGCUGAGCUGACUACUGGAAUCACAGACCUCUCGUUCGACCAUAGACUAGCUAAAACAAAUCUUUUGAAGUUUUCAAAUAGAAGAAUCAAAUGUUAUUGAUUGACUGAGUGACAAGUAUGAAUCUAAUCUAGCCUUAUUUUUCUUGUCUUUCGAGAAAUAGAAUUUGAGAAUUCUCCAAAGAAAAUCACCAUUCAAGAACAAAUAUUGUGUCAGCUGACUAUCGACUGCCUCAUCUAGUCGUGAACGAAUGGAGUGUUGAAGCACCGUGUGUUGAUGCUCCUAAAAAGUAAGUCGUAUCAACAGAAAGAACAACACUGGCAGGAGUAAAAAGAGCCCACUUAGUCUCAUAUCAUUUUGAACUGAAACUGUAAUACGUAAAUCAGAGAGCAGAACAGAGGAAUAAAAACAACGGACGCAAAAUCCAAUAAAAACUAAUUAACUGUCUUUGAGAGAACUCUACGAUUGUUGUUGAUCAAAGUGAGGUUGACACAGUCUAUAUACAUUGUUUCGCAAUCUCUAUAUUAUUGGAUGGUGAAUAAGAAGGGCAAUAGAAAACGUUGUGUUUAAGUAUGCUAAUAAUAUAAAUACCACGAAAACAACGAGAACACCACCUCAAAGUGCAGAAGAUGGAAUUGUGUCAGAAAUUCGAUAAUGUCUUCCCGCCGAAAAUUCGCCGUUGGCUCGGAUUGGCGCUAGCAAUUUUCGAUGUUUUUCUUUUUGGUGGCUAUCACUACGGCUUCAAUUCCCUCAUCACAGUCUACAAAUCAGUUGGCGUCUACGCUUACAACUGUACGGAAAAUGGCUGCUCUUAUCAUUAUGAUAUGUUCGGAGUUGUUUUCAUGGUUUGGAUGGUGUCACAAAUGUGUCUUAUUGUAUUUGCUGGGAUACUGAUGGAUAAGGUGGGGCUGAGAAUAUUAAAACUGCUGGCAGCUGUAGUAUACUUUACUGGUACCGUAAUGUUUGCAUUUACAACUGGUGAAACAGUGCCACUAUUCUAUGCUGCCGGUAUACUUGUCGCUUUAAGUAGUAUAUGCAGCUUGAUAUGCAAUCAUCAAGUCAGUUCCAUGUUCCCACAGUUUCGUGGUCUUUGUAUAUCGCUUUUGUCUGGAGCGUACGACUCAAGUUCGGUUGUAGCUUAUGUGUUGUCGUUGACCUAUCUUGUAUUCCCAUUCAAAUGGUCGUUUAUUAUUUUGGCUUGCGGCUCAAUAGUUGUUGGCAGUUUUGUGGCACUCUUUAUCCUUACUCAGAAAUCUGAAGAUAUGGGGAAAUUCUCCUCCAUCAACACAGAAGAAGAAAAGUUAUGUGAGAAAACGUCAAUUGAAAGUUCGGGAGAAAUGGAUAUCUAUGGAGAAAUAUCUUCAAUUUUGGAUAAACGUUACCCAUCUUUAUUAAGUUGUGUUUUUUCUUUAUCAUACUUACUGAUUAAUCUUUGGUUUACUUUGGGUUUGUUUCGUUUCUCAUUUUACCUAUCGCACUUAGCAAAACACAUAAAUGAUGCGUAUUCUGACAAGUCAACUGCAGAUCAUUUGUUAAGUAUUUCCUCAGCAUUCUUCAUGUCGAGUUUCUUGCUGUCACCAGUUACUGGUCUUAUGAUUGACUUCUGUCUCAAAAGAGCUCGAACGAGCAUUAAGAACAUGCUCACCAACGAACGUGAUUUAGCGAAUCCCGAUAAAAUGUAUUAUACUCUAACACUUGGCCUAGUCCCGGGACAAGGUCUUUUGGCUCUCUCUGCUGUUGCUCUGAGUGCAAUGAUGUUUAUACCUAGUCCUAUAGCUUCUUAUGCAUCGUUUGUAUUCUUGGUUAUAUUAAGGUCACUCUUAUUCAGUUGCUUCAUUAGCUUUCUUCUGUCUGCAUUCCCAAUACGUUAUUUUGGUACAUUGAAUGGCAUUACUAGUGCGGUAUCAGGUUUAAUAUGUCUCUCGACGAAUGCCUUUCUUCGUACUAGCAGAUCUACAGAUAAUUAUGUAACCAUGGCGAUAUCGAUCGGGAUAUUUGUUGUACCUAUUAUUUUUCUAAUCAAAUCAAGACAAUAAAUCAGUCAGUGUUGUGAUCUUAUGAAAAUCUUGUUUUUAUUUUUAUAUUGAGACCCGAAAUUAGAUAUGAAUGCUUCAAUAUUUAAAUUUUGCAACAACUUAUAUGGUGUAAACUUUCGUUAAUUAAUUAAUUUUUCAAUAAUAAAAAUUUAUGC